AUGUUCCUCCGAGGAAGCCUCUGGCUUUGGUUGUCCCUCAGAGCAAGCGUCAUUCUAGGACGGCAGCAACGGAGCCCAGAGCCACGGGGCCAGAAUAAUUGUUAUCAGCUCAACAGGUUUCACUGCAGCUUCGAAGAAGCAGAAAAUUACUGUCACUCCCUGGGAGGGGAACUUGCUUACACUUGGAACCAAGAGGUUCAAGAACUCAUCUGGGACUCUCUGGAAAAAGGGAAGAAGUGGUGGACUGGGCAGAAUAUAAUGUUGCAGGAGAAACAUCGAGAGAGAAAAAAAACAGCAGAUGUCGCGCACCGGGCCACCGAGCCCAAGAGCUGCAUGUAUGUGUCCAGGAUCUCCAGCGGGCUGUGGUCUCACAAGGACUUGUGCUCACAGAGGCAUUACUUCAUUUGCCAGACGGAUGAUCUCUUUUCAAACCAAGAUGCCAGCUAUAAAAGAAAUGGAAAUGGUUCUCAUUUAUAUUGGAGACCUGAGAAGACAAAAAGAAAAGUUACAAUUCCAGGAGACAAAGGGAACACAGGCACCUCGACUCCAGGACCCCUCACUGCCCUCCCGGAAGCAUCAUUCCAGAAUGUGUCGGACCAGGUCCUGGCUGAGCUAGCAGGGAACUUGAGCCAAACAAUUCAUGGCUUGCAGACUCACAGCCACCUGCAGAAAGCUUGUGAGGAUCUCCAGAGACUCACGGCUUUUCUCCCAAGAUUUUCUGAGUCAACUCAGGUGAGCAUCAUCAAUUCUUUUAUUCACCUCAACAAGCAGCUCCUGCUGAGCCCGUCUGAGAACGGCAGUGACAAGUCUGUGACCGUCUGUCUCUUUCACUCCCUCCACGAAGCCAAGGAAGCAGGGCAGGAGAGAUGGCAAAACCCUGGGCAGAGCAGCGAGCAGGUCUAUAAUAGGCCGGAUAUGCCCUGGCCGGCCCAUGGGAAGACCCCGGAAGCAUUUCUCCCACAGAAUCAAUUUUCUGGCUCAUCCAUGGCUCUCACCUCCUCCAUCGCUACCCUCAUGCUGAGCAGUCGAAACAUAUCAACCUUGCCUCUGAGCUCUUACACUCUCGGCUACCCCGCGCCUGUGAGACUAGGUUUCCCGUCAGCCACGGCCUUGGAGGAGCUCUUGAAUAAACACCCAGGAGUGGACGUCCAAAUCACGCUCUGGAGAAACGCUAGCAUCGAAACGCACCCCACCAGUCUCAACAUGAGCACCGACCAUUUUGUCAUCUCGGUGAACAUCACGACCCUGGAGAAGUCCCUGAUAGUGUGCAUAGAAGCCGAAAAUCCCCUUCUCAUGACCCUCUACCUGGGCUUCCAGUACCAGCCCAACCAUACUCACUUCCACCAGAAGAUCAUGCUCCCCAAGGGGCAGGCGCCCAAGGACGAGGAGUACACGUGGGUGCUGACACCCCGGAGGCUGCAGUACGGGAUGGGCACCUACUACAUAACAGCUGUGCUGAACCGCAGCGACGAGGGCGCCCAGCAGUCACCCACCGCCUUCUCCGUGGUUACGGCCCUCACCCAGUGUUACUUCUGGGACAGCCACAACAACACGUGGACAAGCGACGGCUGCCAGGUGGGGCUGCAGAGCACGGUUCUGAAGACGCAAUGUCUCUGUGACCACCUGACCUACUUUGGCAGCGACUUCUUCAUCGUGCCCAGGACAGUGGAUGUUGCAGACACAGUCAAACUGUUCCUCCGGGUGACCAACAACCCCGUCGGGGUGUCAUUGCUGGCCAGCCUUCUAGGGUUGUACAUGCUCCUUUUCAUCUGGGCUUGGAGGAAGGACCAGGACGACAGGCGGAAGGUGAAGAUCACUGUCCUGGCCGACAACGAGCCCGGCUGGCAGUUUCACUACCUCGUUCAGGUGCACACGGGCUAUCGCCGGAGGGCAGCCACCACCGCCAAGGUGGUGAUCACCCUUUACGGGUCCGAGGGACGGAGUAAUCCCCAUCACCUGUGGGACUCACAGAAGGCAGUCUUCGAACGAGGGGGCCUGGAUGUCUUCCUCCUCUGCACUCAGUCCUCUCUGGGGGACCUGCACGGCCUGCGGCUCUGGCAUGACAAUUCUGGGACCAGCCCCUCUUGGUACGUGAGCCAGGUCAUUGUCAUUGAUAUGAUGGCUAAAAAGAAAUGGCACUUCCUGUGCAAUUGCUGGCUGGCUGUGGACCUUGGAGACGGCACGCGUGACCGGGUCUUCCUGCCCGUCUCGGAGAAGGAGCUCUUUUCUUUCAGACACCUGUUCUCCUCCACGAUCGUUGAAAAGUUCACGCAGGACUGCCUGUGGCUCUCGGUGGCCACCCGCCACCCCUGGAGCCCGGCCAGCAGGGUGCAGCGGCUGGCGUGCGGCGCGGCCCUGCUCCUCUGCAACAUGCUCACCAACACCAUGUUCUGGAGGACCAGCGGCGCCGCGGCCCAGCGAGGACAGCAAGUGGGUCCAUUCACGGUGACCUGGUCCGAGCUGUGUGUCAGCAUCCAGAGCGCUGUCAUCCUCUUCCCAAUCAACUUGGUCAUUGGGUGGCUCUUCCAGAUGCUGCAGCCGCAGGCGCCCCCACCUCUCUCCCCGCCGCAGAGCUCCAGCCCUGCAGAGGCGUCUCUCGAGCCUCUCUCCCUCCCGCAGGUAGCGGAGGAGCUAAAGGAAACCGUGGGCUUCCUGCUGCGGAGAAACGCGCACUUACUCUUGGAGUGUGAGCAGUCUUCGUGGAGUUCUCAUAACAUCAACAAACUGGUGAAGCUUUUCUCCGACCUCGUGUGCUCUCACUUGGAAGGUCCAGGCUGCCAUCAGCAAGCGGAGACCCCUCAGGAAAAUGCGGCUCCCGAGAAUCACCUUCAUUUCCGCCGUUACCUGCUGAGGGUUCUGCAGAGACUGCAAGGUCCGCUCCGAACGCUGGGGGACGCCCAGGCCACCCAGGACUUCUUAGCCGUGGCCGGCCAGCUGCAGAGAGUCCAGGAACUCUUGGAAACACACAUUCCUCCCGCCGAUCCAGGGCCCGGCAGGGCCUCCACCAGUUUCCCCAUCCUGAGCUCCGAGGAAGGAAAGUCCUUCCUCUCCAAGGGCCUGCCCGGGUGGGUGACGUACAUCAGCUGGCUCCUUCUGAGUGUCACCAGCCUGGUGGCCGCCUUCUUCACGGCACUGUAUAGCUUGGAGCUGAACAAGGACCAAGCCACCAGCUGGGUCAUCUCAAUGAUAUUAUCAUUUCUUCAGAAUAUCUUCAUCAGCCAGCCAGUGAAGGUCGUCUUCGUCACACUGUGGUUCUCACUGACCAUGAACAGGAUGCCGCGGUUUGACAAGGAGAAGGAACAGCAGACAAAGAGGAUCCUGGCACUCCUGGCAUCAUGUCCUCCUUCGUUACCUGGUUCAAGGAACAGGAAUGACCCCAUCUACGUUGCACCAGCCGUGGACAGUCCAGUGAAGCGCCCAGAGAGAACCUGGAAGGGGAAGAAACUGUUGAAGCAGACGGGAGAGAUUUUGGUCCAAAUCCUCUUCCUCGCCUUGCUGCUGACCACGGUCUACUCUGCACAGAACCCUAACAGGUUUCAUCUCCAUCAAACUCUCCGCAAGAGCUUUUCUCGCCGAUUCUCCCAGAUCAAACUCCUGAAGCAUUUCUACCCCUGGGCGCACCACACGCUCCUCCCUAGCCUGUAUGGGGAAUACAGAGGAUUUGUUACUGACGGGAACGCCUUCCUCCUGGGCAACGUCCUACUUCGUCAGGUUCGCCUUCCCAGAGCUUCUAUCCAAGAACAAGUGAGGCCAUCUCCUCCAGAUCAGGAGGACACGGAGAACUACGGGGCUCACUGGGGGGCCCCAGACACGAACACCACAGACCCGGACAGCAUCUGGCACUACCAGCCUCAGGAGCGAGCGGGUGGAUUCCCCGGCGCUGGCGAGCUGGCUGCUUCCUCCGGCGGUGGCUACGCGGCGCGGCUGGGGCGGAACGCCAGCACGGCGCUGCGGGUUCUGCAGCAUCUUGAACAGAGCCGCUGGCUGGACCAGUACACCAAGAGCCUCUUUGUGGAAUUCGUGGUGUUCAGUGCGAAUGUGAACCUGUUCUGUGCCGUCACCCUGAUCCUGGAGGCCAACAGCGUGGGUACUUUCUCUGCCUCCAUGAGACUGGAAAGUUUAACACCCCUCCCAGCAUCAAAGGAGGACCUUGCCUGGUUCAUCAUCCCACAAAGCAUCUAUUACUUGCUGAUUUGUUACUAUACCUUCAUACAGGGUCGCCAGCUCAAACAGCAGAGGUGGAGAUUUUUCACAAGAAAAAGCAACAUUGUGGACCUGAGCGUGAUCCUCCUUAGCUUUGUCACGUUGGGGCUUGACAUCAGGCGGAUUUCUCUCUAUCAGAAAAGCCUGGCACGAUACCGCUCGGACCCAGACAGGUUCAUCAGCUUCUAUGAGGCACUGAAAGUGAACUCGGCCGUCCUCUACCUUGUGGGCUUCCUGGUUCUGCUGGCCACUAUUCAGUUAUGGAGCCUUUUGCACCGUAACCCUGCACUGCAGGUCAUCGGCAGGUCUCUGAGCAGAGCCUGGGAUGAGGUGGUGGGCUUCCUGCUGGUCAUCCUGAUCCUGCUGACAGGCUAUGCCAUAGCCUUUAACUUGCUGUUUGGAUGGAGCAUCUCCGACUACAGGACCUUUUUCAGCUCAAUUGUGGCUGUGGUUGGGCUCCUGAUGGGAAUCACUCAACAUGAGAAGGUUAUUGCGUUAGACCCAGUGUUGGGCUCGUUUCUGAUCUUCACCAGUGUCCUCUUGAUGGUACUUGUGAUCAUUAACCUUUUUGUUUCUGCCAUUCUAAUGGCAUUUGGAAAAGAAAGAAAGCUCCUUAAGACUCAGAAAGCAGCUACCCUCACAGACAUCCUGCUACAGAAGCUCUCAAGUUUGUUAGGAAUCCAGAAGCAGCAGAAGACACCGGAAAAUAGCCAGACCAGCAGCGGACACUAA